AUGGAGAGCCUGGUGACGGAGCUGAAUGUUCUGCUGAAGCUGCUGGACCACGAGACGCUGAGCUCGGCCACGGAGGAGAAGAAGACCGCCGUCAGGAACCUGCUGAGACAGCUACAGCCCUCCGUGAAUGGGACAGACUACAUGUACAUGAACACCUCUGCGUACAGAAAUGGCACCAGUUUUGUGGAGUCCCUGUUUGAGGAGUUUGACUGUGGUCUGCGCUCCUUCAAAGACUCGGCAGAGGAGCAGAAAGCCCCAGGCGAGGAGGAGGAGGUCCCACAAACGCCCCUUCCCAAAUCGGUUGAGGAAGAGAAAGGGGAGGGCUCAUUUCUGCUGAUUGGACACUCCCACUCUUUUCUGUUUGCUGAUUGGUCAGGCGGAUUUGUUUUCCCCCCGCAGAGUCCAGCGGACACCCCGCCCCCCCUUCCGACCACGCCCCCUCCUGAGGAUUACUAUGAGGAGGCAGUCCCUCUCGGACCUGGAAAAAUGCCCCAAUACAUCACCACACGCGGCAAUUCCAGCCCUCCUAACUCCAUUGAAGACGGGUACUAUGAAGACGCAGAUAACAACUACCCCACGACCCGGAUCAACGGCCAGCGCAAGAACUCCUACAACGACUCAGAUGCUCUGAGCAGCUCCUACGAGUCGUACGAUGAGGAAGACGAGGAGACGAAGGCCCAGCGGCUGACGCACCAGUGGCCCUCGGAGGAGAACUCCAUGGGCCUGGCCAAGGACUGCCGCAUCUGCGCCUUCCUCCUGAGGAAGAAGAGGUUCGGCCAGUGGGCCAAGCAGCUCACCCUCAUCCGCCAGAACCGCCUGCAGUGCUACAAGAGCUCCAGAGACCGCCGGCCCUCCACGGACGUGCUGCUCAGCCUCUGCUCCGUCUCCUACCUGCCCAAAGAUGGCCGCCGCAAGAAGCACGAGCUGCGCUUCGCCCUCCCGGCCGGGGAGACCCUAGUGCUCGCCGUGCAGAGCAAGGAGCAGGCCGAGGGCUGGCUCAGGGUCAUCAGGGAGGUCAGCGGUCAGAGUUCCGUCAGUACCGGGCCGGACUCCUCCACCUCUCCUGUUAUACAGCGCAGGACUGAGCAUCCGGACAAGAAGCAGUCAGCUGAUAAACACACCUCUGACUCAGACAGUGUCGCCGCGGGCGACAGCGUCUCCCCGAGCAACAGCCGCGAGACCCGUGAGGGGAAGGUGAAGCGGGGUGGCCUAUCAGAGCUCACAGAGUCAGUGAGUCGUGCCGCGGGGCGGAAGAUCACUCGCAUCAUCAGCUUCUCCAAAAAGAAGCCCCCCCUCCCCGGAGACCCCCGCACCCCCCUCCCUGAGGACCAGGACCCUCGCUGUGGGUAUCUCAGCGUCCUGGUGAACCAGGUCUGGAGGGAGCGCUGGUGCUGUGUUCGGAGGGGGACCCUGUUCUUCCACCGCGACAGGGGGGACCUCCGCACCCACACGAGCGCCGUGGCCCUGCAGGGCUGCGAGGUGGUCCCGGGGCUGGGGCCCAAGCACCCCUUCGCCUUCCGGAUCCUGCGGGGGGGCAACGAGGUGGCAGCGCUGGAGGCCAGCUGCUCGGAGCAGAUGGGCCGCUGGCUGGGAGUGCUCCUGGCGGAGACGGGCAGUGCGGUGGAUCCAGAGUCUCUGCACUACGACUAUGUGGACGUGGACACCAUCACCAACAUCCGCACCGCCGCGCGCCACUCCUUCCUGUGGGCCACCUCAUCCGGCUCAGACUCCAGGACAUAUGACGAUGUCCCGUAUGAGAGUGUACAGGCGGAGGACCAGGGGGCGGAGCCUGUCACCGUGGUGAAGAGACGCUCCUCCUACUCCAGUGGAGACACGGAGAAGCAGCAGGUCAGCGUGACGAGGCACGGAUCCAACGCCAAUCUGUACGGGCGGUACGGCCGGACGCGGGCGGAGGAGGACGCGCGCCGGGGCCUGCAGGAGAAGGAGGCGCUGGAGCGAGAGAGGGACGCCGUGCGGAACCACCUGCUUCUCCUGCGCAAGGAGCGCAGGGAGGCCAAGGAGGAGCUGAAGAGCACGGCAGUGGGUAAACAGCACAGGGCUCUGGAGGAGAGGAUCUCCCAGCUGGAGGAGCGCUGCAGGGAGAAGGAGACGCAGAGGGUGGAGCUGGAGCUGAAGCUGAGCACGGUGAAGGAGAACCUGAGGAAGUGUCUCACAGGAGGAGCAGGAGGAGUGCCAGGAGAGAGCCGGUCCCCCAGCAAGGUGUGUUCUCAGGUGAAAGGCAGGAAGUAUAGUGGUCACUAUGGUGACACGCAGCUGCCAGUCAACUGUGCGUCUGAAAUACGUAAACGCCCCCUUUCCAUCUACGCCUCCACCAAGGGGACCGUGAUGCGGAGGACAAAGGAAUGGGAGUCCAAGAAAGGGACCUAAAGAUGGUGUGGACCAAUGGGAAGGCUUGAAGCAGAGGAGAAUGUUUCUGUGUCAUGUGACUAAGAGCAAGUGCAAGAGAGAGCCCCCCCCCCCCCCCUCUCUCUUUGGAACAAUUUGAGUAGCUCUCUCCCGAUGGCUGUCACCGUCAUGUAUUUCCACCCCAGGGGGCUUCUUCCAGCUCACAUGCUUCUGAGUACCACAGAGCAAGAUGACGAGUGCUCUGAUCUCACCUCAGAGCUGAGAGACUGUGAGACUGUGUGAUUGAUGUGAUGGAAUGAAUGACAGCUGCUCUGAUCUGAGGAUGGAGCUGUUUGUGGAGCAGGUCAAAGCGCUGGAGUGCGAUUUGAAGGGGAAAAGAUUUUACGGCUUUUUGGAAGAUGAAUGCUCUGGGAUUUCUGUUGCGGGCUGAUUCUGAACAGUAACCAAAUGGAAAGAAAAAAAAUAUCUGUUUCACUGUGAGACUUCAGAACGAUCUGUUUGAGGGUAAUUUUUAGUUUUUAAUGUACUACUGUUGAGAGUGGAGGAGUGGAGAGAGGGUGCUUUUUGUACACUUCACUUUUACUCACUCACGUUAUUUUACACUGUGCAAUGUUGUCUCCCUGCCCAAAGACGAGGGGCGUCACAAAGAUUAAACUCUUUCACUGUCCUGGGUGCUGAUGAACACUCCCUGCUCUAAACCUCUAAGGUUUACACUCAUUGCUUCCGAUGCUGGACAUUUUCUAUCUUAGCAGAGAUCAGAAAUGUUUCUGAACCUGGACCAUAUAACCACUAGUACAUAUAAAGAUUGUCUAAGAAGAACAGUGAUGUAAUGUUUCUGCAUGUCAUACUGCACAUUGGUGUUGCCUCUCACUAACCUUUGUUUUAACUUUGCACUGCACUUUAUUUAAUUUUUUUAAUUUUUUACUUGGAGAUGGUUAAGGGAUAAAUACGAAUUAAAAUCACGACUUUC